AUGAAUCACUAUCGACUCUUGGGCAAAAAAGGUGAGGGGACAUUUUCUGAGGUCCUCCUAGGUCGCCACGUAAGAAGCAAUCAAGAAGUUGCCAUAAAGUACUUGAAAAAUAAAUUUCAUUCAAUCGAUGCUGUGAACUCCUUCAACGAGAUCAGAGCCUUGCGAAUGCUCAGGGAUCAUCCGAACAUCGUGAGAUUACUAGACGUCUUGUAUGACAUCACCACGGGCAGUUUGGCGCUAGUGUUGGAAUUGAUGGACAUGAACGUUUAUGAGGCGAUAAAAGGGAGAAAAUACUAUUUUCCGGAGCUCCGUGUGGGUCGGUGGAUGACGCAGUUGCUCUGCGCUGUAGAAUUUCUACAUGGAAAAGGGCUCUUCCACAGAGAUAUCAAACCGGAGAACCUAUUAUUACACCAAUACGAAACGUUGAAAUUGGCAGAUCUUGGAAGUUGCAAAGGUAUUGACUGUAAGCAGCCCUUCACUGAGUACAUCUCGACACGAUGGUAUCGGGCACCUGAGUGUCUCCUUACGGACGGGUAUUAUUCAGCAGGGAUGGACAUAUGGGCCAUUGGCUGCGUUUAUUUCGAAGUGCUCUCUUUGGUGCCGCUCUUCCCGGGCAAAAAUGAAGUUGACCAAGUGAAUAAAAUUCACAAGGUCAUGGGCUUACCCGCGGAAGACUUACUCAAGUAUUUCAAGAGAUCCUCCAAAUCAAAUAGCGAAAUCGACUUGUGGUUACGCAAAUGCAAAGUGUCCGAUGAGGCUAUAGAGAUCAUCAAAGUGCUGCUAACCUACGAUGCCGAGCAAAGGCCUACAGCGACUGAGGCACUCAGACUGCCAUAUUUCGACUCUCACCGUUAUGCAGUGCCGGAUGACACUGAAAGGCCUUCGAAAGGACAAGUGCCGAGCUCGGAUGUUAUACAGGAUAGCAGUAUGUCGGAGACCUCAGGAAGCACGGCUCGUUACCAACCUCGAAUAGGGCCUGAGGCUCAUCGUGGAUAUGAUCAACGAGAUCAUGCCACCAUCGGGGGUCGAUUGAUGCGUGAAAGCGAUCGCUUGUUGGUUGAGGCGGACGCAACUGUGACGAGCGGAUUUGGGAGACAAAAUGGUAUGCGAAUGGAGCAGAUCUCGGAGACGACUCGGUUACCACCAAUACCACAACGGCAGCCUCAGGAGAGCGGGCAUUCGAGAGCAAUGGGUAUUGGCAUUGACGCAAGUCCUUAUCAGCAGCGGCAUCACCGGAGGAGCAAUCGAGUGUACCAUAGAACGUUGCGUGUCGCGCCCGGUAGAGUUCAGAUGCCAGCGUUGGAGCUCUCGAAUAGUAGUCCGAGAGAAACCAAUCAGCAAGGCUCGGCGGCCUCGUUCAGCCAUACGAUGGGGCACUUCGCUCUACCAUUGUCGGGAAGGAUGAGGAAUAUUGUCCGCGCGGGCAUAUCCGACGGCUUGCUCCAAGUGCAGACCACUCCUUAUGAAGAAAAUUCAAUUUAUCAAGGAUACGACAUGCGCUGGAACUUCAUUGUUAACAACAGUAUCUGCCAUUUCUGGGCCAUAGACUAUCUUCUCAAGAGUGAACGAUUGGAGAUUCAACGCUCGGUCGACAGUCGAGUGAUUCGACUCGAGUCCCAGACCUAUGAGAAUCGAACAAGCCACAACGACUUCAAUCUCGAACUCCUCUUUCGCUGUGAGAUAGAACGCCAGCAAGCAUGUCCGAUGCGUCGUAUGAGAGUCACAACUCGCGAGUCUUUCAAUAUGGUCACUGGUGCGCUGCAAACGACAUGCACCCACGUAUUGCGCAAAGCCAACUGGGAAGCUGGAGUUUGUCGAAUAGAGAAUAUGGAAGCCACUAUUAUCAUCAACAACAACGAUGGUAACCUGGCUUCUAACCCUUGCAAUACUAUUGAUCAUGCUCUGGCUCAGCGUAACAGAGGUCAGAUAUAA